AUGAAGUCGCACAAGGCCCGGCUGAAGCACCGAUUUGGAAAACUAUUGGUGAUGGACAAGCCGUCCAGUGCGGGAAGCAGCAAAAACAACCGGAUGAGCCGCAGCUCCCCUUCCCGCCGGAAAGCAGCCACUAGCAGCCGAGGUCCACAGACUAAGGACGAGGAUCCCACCUCAGCCGACACCAAGCACCGCUUCUUUUGGGGCAACCGCCGAAACUCGACUGGCGGCAAGGACGACAAGGGGCGCUCCAAGGUCGACUUGACGGCGGGCGGAAAGAAGAAGCCCGCGGUCCAAUCACCGAGGCAAUCAGCUUUCACCCAGACGGAUAGAAGCCGAUCGCAUCGCCACUUGCAAACCAAGAACGCGCAGUGCAAUUCACUGGCGGGCACGGCGAUCACCAGCAGGGAGAACGUCCGGCAGAUAUCCGGAACCAGGAACCCGGACGAGCUGACCGCCCGGUGCAGUGCGUCGCACGAGGGCCGCAAGUUGCUGCAGGAGCGACUGAUGGUGCAAGUGGACGCACUGUUCAACAUGCUCUUCUCCGCCUCGCCGUUCCUGCAGAGCUUCCACGAGCGGCGCAAGUCCACCGAUCUGCGCAUGGGUGGCUGGAAGCGGAACGCCGCUGGCCAGAACGAGCGCGUCGUCACGGUGACCGUGGCACUCCAGGCGAACGUCGGGCCCAAAACGGCCAAGGUCACCGAGACGCAGGUGAUGCGCGAGUGCAGCCAACCCGGUCAGCUGUACUCCAUCGACGUGCAGAGCGUCAAUGCCGAGAUCCCCUACGCGGACGCCUUCGUCGUCCUGAUCCACUUCUGCCUGAAGGCCACCGUCGAGGAGUACACGGACGUCCUAGUCUUCGCCCAGGUCAAGUUCCUCAAGUCCGUGUGGGCUGUGGUCAAGGCGUUCAUCGAGAAGAACGCGUACGCGGGUCUCGAGGAGUUCUGCCAGUCCCUAUAUAGCGCCCUACUCUCCGAGAUCAAAAAGAGGUAG